ACCUGGCUGAGGGCAGAAUACGACUUGCAGAAUUAUUCCUACGUGUCACUCUUGCACUGAUAUCUCUGACAGUCGCUGUUUCCAUGCAGUGAGAUUGUAUAGUUCACUAAGACACAUCAGUGUGCUAGGAUUUACUACCCUCUCUAUGUGCAGAAGUGUUGUACUAUACAGAAUAGUGACUCCACAGUGUCACUUACAAUUAGCCACAUAGGUUCCUAGACUGGCACAAAGAGACUUUAUUCCUUUGUCAGGAUCUUUUCUGCCUCUGUCUCGCCUUUCACCCUGUCUACAAGUUCUUUUCUUUCUCUAAAACUGAGAAACUUGCUGGAGCUUCCCUCCCCCCUCAGGUCAUCUCAUUCUGCAGGAAAGAGAAACAAGCUUUAACCUAACAGGAAGCUCUCUUCAUUUCACACUACCGGUUUCUGAAUUUUCUAGCAUAUUGUCAAUGUCCAGCUCCCCCUCUCCACACAGUUGUGAUUUGUAGGAGGAAGGAUGUGUGCGACCAUCCCAUCUCCCAACAUCUUCCACUUGCCUGUGUGCUUCUGAGGUUUGCUGUCCAGCAGAUUGCAGUGCCACAGCUGUCCUAGGAUGGGUUGCUGCAGCGUGUCAGCUCGGGGUACCAAAACUGGCAGUGAUGGACAUGAGGAGGUUGAGUUACUUCAAAAAGAAUGGAGCAGGAACCAGUCAGCAGUGAAUUCUCCAUGUACAUCUCCGAAUGGAGGGCUGUGCUGUAUCCCGCAGGACCUGGCUGGCACAAUAAUGACCCCUGGAAAAGCGGAUUCUCACACAAUACACACACAGUUUGUGUCUAAGCCUAUCCUAUUUUGGGGGAGAACACGUGAGGAUCUAAAUCAUAUGAUUAUAACAGAGCCAAUCCGUAGCUGGGAAGGACAAGACGUUACAUGUUAUGGAAGUGUGGUCAUGUCGUCACUGGCUGUCCUGCAGAUCAGUCACACUAAGGAGAUGUCAGAGUGCUUUAUGGUUCUGUUUCCAUUGCACUUGCUAAUCUUGUCCAUGGAUCAUCAAGAGAGGAGAUUCAUUUAUCAGGGCCUUCUGCCUCUAUCUGGAAUGAGAGUGGUCUAUGCACAAACAAAGACUGGCUAUACCUUUGAACUCAGUGGACCAAUGAUAGAACCACGCCAGGUGUCCUGCCUCAGUUCUAGUGAGAGGAGUCUCUGGAUUUCAGCUCUACAGCAGCAUAUCCAGGAAGCCAAUACCCACUGCUCUCCUGCUUCCCAUCCUAUCAGCAUCUUAUCAUAUCUGAUUCCUUGUGACCAGCUGUGGAAGAAGAGAGAACUAGUUAGGUAUCUGACUUCAUGCCCCAUCCAGAACUGGGAAGGGAAAGCCAUCCAGCACAUGGGAUCUGCCGUAUAUCUGUCUGCAGUACAAGCGGCUCACACAAUAGAUGGGGACUUUGAAGAUCGGCUCAUGAUACUGUUCCCUGAAGAUCUAGUCUUCCUCUGCGUAGAUACUGACAGAGCAGCAGUUAUACACCAAGGAACUCUCCCAUUAAAUGCAAUUCAUAUUGAGGAAAGCCUAGCUUGGAAUGAGAACUUGGAAUUCCAGAUUGCAGGUGACCUUAUGGAACCAAUAUUAAUUUUCUGCCCGACUCCUGAAGACUACAGUAAAUGGGUUUUUUAUUUACAGAAGCCGCAACAUAUCAACCACUGUGGUGUCGGCCUGCAUCCGCCUUUUGUGCAACCUAAAUAUAGAAGAAGAUAAGAAGAAGGUGUAUUUUGAUGUCUCUAGGAGGCAGCGACAGUCUUCUAUGCUAAAUGUCAAAGUAUGAUCACUAUCAGCAGAUUGAUCUGUCUUUUAACCAACGUGCAGAGGAGUCAGUCUGGACGUUCAAUGGUGUGACACAGCCUGAAGUCAUUUGUGUCAUAUGCCAGGAUUAUAAUUAUCUAUUUAUGAGUGUCAAUUUAGGAGGCUUGUGACCAUACUGUAUCUGUGGGGAAGGUCAAAAGAGGAAAUUAAAGUGUCAAAAAGUCUUAUAUAGGAGGAACAGAGAACGGCAUAUAGAAAAACAAAUCAAGAAGAUAUAAAGGGAAAUAUGCUUGUGAUUGUAAUGUCCUGGAUAAUGUGACUCACUCCUAGAAGAUGAACUUAAUUGACAUAUUAAGGACCAAACAAGAAAAUACAUAGAAUGCCUGAUAAUGCAGUUAAAAUGUCACAUUUAGUAAUUAUUCACACAUAGGGUGGGAUUCAAUUAUUUUCACCCCUUUCCACACUCGUUCUGUUUCUGCCCUCAGGGACGUUGUAUCAUUAUUUUAGCUCACUACCCCCGGAGUAGCGAUGCACCCAACCCUUUACACAAUAAACCUGAUUACUAUGGACGCAAUAUGCGCGAUAACGGAGAUCAUUUUAGAAAGGAAAUUGGGCAUGAUAUAUCAUUUGAAUCUCUCCCUUAAUGUCACAUGGUAAACAUAUAGGUGAACACUUGUGCUAGAGGAAACAUGAUUCCAUUUUUCCAACUGGUCAAUUGUAUCUAGUAGACUCACCAGAUGUGUACAUGACACUACCACUCAACAUGGAAACGGUUUUAUGUUUUUUACUACUUGGACUAAAAUAGUUACUUAUUUUCCCUGGCAAUAUAAUAUAUCGGAGUGCACACUAUUUAAUUUAUGGUGUAUUCCCUCCCAAUGCUCAUGGUAAUUACUGUAUAAAUACAGACAGGUUGCCAAAGCUUUAGCCCAAAGGAGCACAUGAAAUAAAGUAGCACAAACACUCUACUGUGAUACUCUUGCUCAUGGUUUUGGUGCAACGAAAGAUGAGUGUGCUAUACCAAAUGUACAUUGAGUCUGAAUUCAUGCAAGGAAGCAAGUGGCAAAUGAGGGAGUUUCUUGGAAAACUAAAACACGGAAUUUCUAGGCAGUAGCUUGUAAUCUGGUAACUUUGUGAAUCUGAGGGCAAAGAGAGGAAAGGGUAGAGUAUUGUGUAAAGUGGCCAUUUUGAGACAGAAACCAGGAUGUCCAUAGGAAAAAACCAGAUGAUUUCUAAUUAAAGCCAACUUGUGUUCUUUAUUUAGUGCCAAAUGCAAUAACCCAAUCAUAUGUACAUGUUCCCACAAAUCUGUUGAUCAAAGUGGAUGAAGAAUGUGCAAUUCAUGUUACUUUUCUUUCCCCAGUGGAACUGGUCCGAGCUCUCAAUGCUGUUUAUUUUAUAUAUAAUGUUUAGAAGGUGGGACUCUGCACUAUUAACCAUCGCAUCCAAUGAGCUAUUAGCUCUUAUCUGUUUAGUACAAGACAGACAAUGAAAGCAACUGUGUGAUGCCUUGCUUGAGUUUUAGCACAGGUUAACCCAUUGAGCAACGCUUAAUGUUCAUGCCUGGGUUCUUUGAUAAAGAUUAUUUCCAUUUUUGUGUAUUUUGUCUUUAUCUACAAUUAUAGAUUGGAUUUACCAUCUAAUAGAGUAUAUGAUCUAUUAUUUCCUAAACUGGCUAAAAAGUCCAUUCAGUUACGUUCAGUGGGCCUUCACUAAAUCUGCUACAAAUCCAUUAGAUGGUAGAGUUAACUAUUUAGUUGGUUUGAAAAAGUUUGGGGUGCAAUCAGCACCGCAGAGGACCUACAGUAUUUAAAAAGGCCAAAUUGCAGUUUGUACAAUAGACCUAAUUUAUGUUGUAGAAUAUUGCACAGGAAUGCAGAUCAGACAUUUAUUUUAUUCUUUGUCUAAAUUAAUUAAUUUAGAAGAGAAUGUGACACAUAGGAUAUAUGACACAGAGGAAGAGCUCUCAGCAGGGGCGGAUUUAGGGGUCAUGCCACCCAUAGGCACAAUACUGUUGGUUGCACCCCUUCACUUCCCUUCCCCCUUCACCCCCUUUAUGUUGGGCCAGUCCCACUGCCUCUAGAUAGCCAAAGCAGCCCCAAGCUCGACUUCCUCUACCUCCAGCCGGUGGCAAAAUAAAGAAAUAAGUCAUAAUUACAGAAAAUAAAAAAACACCCACCAACAAACACCUGGCAUCAUCUUGGCAGCAGCCUAGCAGGGAUCUCACGGAGGGGAGCUUGCUGGUCUGUCUCCCCAGCAAGUGGCUUCCCUAGGCAUGUACCUAGCAGUAAAUCUACCACUGGCUCUUAGCCCAAUAAUAAAACACAAUCCAUUUUUAUAAUAGGGACUCUUUCUCACGUAAUCUUACUCACAUUUUAACCGAUGCUCAUCUGUCAAUACAAUGUAGCCAGGAACGUGUUUUUUUUUCUUGUGUAAAAAAUGAAUUUUGGCACUGGUUAAUGUGGACUAAAGUAAUGUAUGUAUUGCUUUAGAUAUCUAUCUAUUUACCUAUCUAUCAUCUAUCUAUCGAUCUACUUGGUGUUUGUUCAAUAAAUCACUUUCACACUCGUC